CCGCUACAAAUCCGCAGCACCCGUACACACAUCAGUACGAUUCGAUCGUCCGCGUCGACGACACGCGUUCGGACAUGACAUUUAAUUUAUACUAGUUAUUAUUAUAAAGACGAAUGAAGAUGACUUCAAUAUUAGUACUAUCUGUGAUCAGUUUAUAUGUGUGCCUCGUACAAGGACAGUCAUGCCCAACACCGACAGGGAGUAAAGGGAACUGUAUUUCAAUACUGAACUGUCCUGCACUGCUGGUGCUGGUUAACAAUCCAAAAAGAACCAAAGAAGAACUACAACUAUUACAACAGUCCCACUGCGGUUUCGAAGCCGAAACACCAAAGGUAUGCUGUCCAGUAGUCGAGGAAAGAACAGAUCUUCGGUGCUUCACACCAGACGGAAAAGUUGGCAUUUGCAAGGGUUUACAUUCCUGCCCUAAUUUAUUAAACUUAUUAAAAAAACCUAUCGCGGACGAAGAUUUGAUUUUCCUUCAAACCUCCAGAUGCGAAGGCCCGGACCCUUACAGCGUGUGUUGCGGGUCGACGAUCGAACGGGCGACGGGUCCGUCCAAUGCUUGCAAGCCUUCAGUAGCGCCUGCUGAUCCAAAAACAGAGUGUUGCGGACUCGACAGUUCGAGCGGAAACAGAAUUUUUGGUGGGAAUGUGACAGCGAUAGACCAGUAUCCCUGGUUGGCGAUCAUAGAGUACCGGGCCAUUAAGGACAAUAAGAUAAAGCUCCUGUGUGGCGGAGCUUUGAUCAGUAGCAAAUACGUUUUAACAGCUGGGCACUGCGUCACUGGACCUGUAUUAAGAGUUGGUACACCGGCAAACGUUCGUCUAGGCGAAUACGACACGUCCAAUGAUGGAUCUGACUGCGUGGAAGUUGAAGGGGGAGGAGAAGACUGCACAGAUGGGCACAUCGUGUUGCCGAUUGAAAAAGUAAUACCGCAUAAAGAUUACCAACCUGAAUCGCCCCUGAGGAGGCACGAUAUAGCUCUACUGAGGUUAAAAGAUGAAGCUCCUUACAAUGAUUUCAUCCGCCCCAUCUGUUUGCCUACAACCGACAUCGCGCUGAGCAAAGAACCGCCGAUGCUCGUAGUGUCAGGCUGGGGUGCUGUUGACGAAACAAAGAGUUCGAGCAACGUUAAGCUUCACGUGGAACUACCUUACGUAAAACCUGAGGAAUGUCAACCGCCCUACAACGUUGCAGGCCGUAAAGUAAAGUUAUGGCAAGGGCAGUUAUGUGCUGGUGGUAUUGAGGGGAAGGACUCUUGCAAAGGAGAUUCGGGAGGGCCCCUCAUGGCCGACAACGGGAGAAUCUAUAUGGCCGUAGGGGUUGUAAGCUUCGGACCUUCUCCUUGUGGCUUGGAUAACGUACCUGGUGUCUAUACCAAAGUUUACCAGUACCUCCCCUGGAUACGAAGCCAAAUGAAACCAUGAAAAAAUUAUAAUAUUAGAAUGUUAAAUAAAUUUAUACGAUUUUU